GAAGCCAGAAAUAAACACAGAACAACCAUCUUACUACAUCAGGGGUGUCAAACUCAUGCCAUGGAGGACACUACAGGUUUUCUUUCCAGCCGGUCACUAAAGCGGGUGAUUUUAAUGAUUAACCCUCCUUUGAUUUUGAGGGAAGGAGCUAGUCAAUGAAAAUGAAAAUGGACGUAUCAUUUUAAAGUUAUACGGUUGUAAUAUCCGGAAGUGCCUUUUGUUCUGAAAUGCGUGAACGGAAGUGCGUACAUUUGUGCCGGAGAGCUUGACGGCGAUCGCUUCAACCUGCCGCAUCUGAACGUCUGGCAAUAAAAGCAGCAGAGGAACAAAGACAUUGAUCUUAAUUUCACACCGGAAGCAGAUUCACUUGUCCUUCAGAUCGCAUGAUGAUGGAGAAAUCUAACAGCCAAUACGACUCCUUCCUGUUCUGGAGGCAGCCCAUCCCUCCCCUGGACCUGGACGAGCUGGAGGACCUCGGCUUCAUCGACUGUCCUCGCCGAGGACAAGACAGCAUGGGUCAGGAAGAGGAGGAGGAGCUGAGCCAGUUCUCAUCCUUCAACUACUGGAGGGCUCCCAUCGUCAGCGUGGAUGCUCUGCUAGACGAUCUCAACCUGCUGCUGUGAAAUCCCACCGGCUGCAUUUUAGCCACUUUGCAUGCUACAGUACCUGACCCCCAAGCUUAAAACAGCCUGCAGUGGAGGCCAUCUUAAUUUGCUCGUCACGUCAAAUUUUGUAGAUCAAGAAUGACGAACAACCACCUGCAGUAUUUGUGUUCUUUGUUGCUGUUAUGUAUUUUAUUUAUUUCAUGCUGCUGAUUGGGUGUUUCACUAUGAGCAGGCCUCACGAUGACGCCACUGGACACAAAAAACACUGAAUGUACCAAAGUCUGACAACAAUAAACGUUAUUUUCUUUAUAUGCAUACACAGAAUGUUAA